GAAUGAAUGAGUUAAACUUCAGCAGUGAAUGAACACAGACAUACACAUACGGUGUAAAAAUAAAGUAAAAAAAUAUAAAAUAAAUUGGGAAAAAAAUGACAAAAUUAAGUAAAGUAAACAGUUAAUCAAAUUGUGAAAUCAUCUGGCUCGAUUGGAGUGAAGAGUUUUAUCUUUUCCGCUUGCAGUGAUAACACCGCCCUGUCUAUUUGACUACAGUGACGAAUGUAGUAAAUGAACUUUAUUUGUAAAUUGAGAGCGAUUUACACUGGAACUUCGUCUAAAUCGAGUGUUUUAACUCCGUGUUUAUAUUUAUUGAAUCUUGAAGUUAGAAGCAUGGGUUUGCUGACUGAAGGUAACCCGCUGUCUUGGGAGGAGACGAAGGCCCUGGCUGAGCACGUGCGGCAACAUGGGAUAGAGCAGUUUAUCAACAGCUACCACAAGCUGAGGGACCGCACCGGAGAUGUCUUGAAGUGGGGUGACGAGGUAGAAUAUGUGAUAGUGAAGUUUGAUGAUGAGAACAAGAGAGUGACAGUGAGCCUGCGCGCCCCGGAGCUGCUGGAGAAGCUGCAGGAGCCCGAGAACACCGACCCCACUAACUGCAAGUCGCUCUGGCGCCCAGAGUACGGCGCCUACAUGGUGGAGGGCACCCCGGGGCGGCCGUACGGCGGGCUGCUGGCGCACUUCAACAUCGUGGAGGCCAACAUGCGCUACCGCCGCGCCGAGGCCUCCACGCUGCUCAAGGACGGGGAAGUCAUCAUGAGCAUCACCAACUUUCCUAGACUAGGGUGUCCAAACUUCACGAGCCCGCCCCACGCGCCGACGCCGUCGUCCGGGGUGACCAUGUCGCACUUCUUCCCGGACGAGGCCAUCUACCCGGGACAUCCGCGCUUCAAGAACCUCACCCGGAACAUCCGGAUGAGGAGGGGGGAGAAAGUGGCUAUUAAUAUACCAGUAUUCCGCGACAAGAACACCAAGAUCCCCGUGGACGACUCCCACAUCCUCGACCCGGGAGCAGCUAAACCCGACUGCGUGUACAUGGACGCCAUGGGGUUCGGCAUGGGCUGCUGCUGCCUGCAGCUCACGUUCCAGGCGUGCUGCAUCACCGAGGCGCGCACGCUGUACGACCAGCUCGCGCCGCUCUGCCCCAUCAUGCUGGCGCUCUCCGCGGCCUCCCCCAUCUACCGCGGCUACCUCACCGAGGCCGACUGUCGCUGGAACGUGAUCGCGGCGUCCGUGGACUGCCGCACGCGCGAGGAACGCGGCCUAGAGCCCCUGAAGGAGAACCGCUUCCGAAUUGCUAAGAGCAGAUACGACUCCAUUGACAGCUAUCUGUCGCCGCAGAAUGAGAAAUACAACGACAUCGAGAUAGUGCACGACUCCGCCAUCUACCGGCGGCUGGUGGCGGGCGGCAUCGACCGCGCGCUGGCGCUGCACGUGGCGCACCUCUUCAUCCGCGACACCGUCUCGCUCUUCUCAGAGAAGGUGCAUCAAGAUGACAAGAACGAUACCGACCACUUUGAGAACAUCCAGUCCACCAACUGGCAGACGAUGCGCUUCAAGCCGCCGCCGCCCAACUCGCCCAUCGGCUGGCGCGUGGAGUUCCGGCCGUGCGAGGCGCAGCUCACCGACUUCGAGAACGCCGCCUACGUGUGCUUCGUGGUGCUGCUGACUAGGGUCAUACUGUCGUACCAGCUCAACUUCGUCAUGCCUAUCAGCAAGGUGGACGAGAACAUGCAGCGCGCCCAGCGGCGCGGCGCGUGUAUGAACCAGACGUUCUGGUGGCGGCGCGACGUGGGCGCCGUGCCGCCGCGGGGCGCGCCGCCGCCGCCCGCGCCCGCCGAGCCCGCUGAUGACUACCAGGAGAUGACCAUCAAUGACAUUGUUAAUGGACAGGAGAACGGCUUCCCCGGCCUCAUCCCGCUGAUCGAGUCGUACCUGUCGGGCAUGGACGUGGACGCCGACACGCACUGCUCCGUGCAGCAGUACCUCAAGCUCAUCCAGAAGCGCGCCAGCGGCGAGAUACCCACCAUGGCCGCUUGGACUAGAGACUUCGUGACCAAGCAUCCUGAGUACAAACAAGACUCAGUGGUUUCGGACCGGAUAACCUACGACCUGCUCAAGAUGGCGGACGGCAUCCAGAGCGGGCGCGAGCCGGCGCAGUCGCUGCUGGGCAGCCAGGUGGUGCGCACCAAGACCAACGACACCAUCCCCGUGGCCUUCACCAAGAUGGAGUGUUAGCGGCCGUGUGGGGGGGUACCAGUGCCUUUGUGGAGCUAGCUUAUCUCGCCCGGUGAUGAUGAAAGAUUAGAAUGGGUAGUUUUUUGAAGGAUCAUUAAAUAAAAAGAAGAGGCAGUAUAUGGGAUGACGCUCUUUGCCUUUUCAGAAAAUAAGUCGUCCUCGUUACGUGUGUACAACGAACCAAACUUGUACUUUUGCUAUCGUAACGCCAUCUAUGUUUGUUUUUAAAGAGCUCUCGGAAAACUUCCCACUUGUCUAUGGCGGGCCAGAUAAGUUGGUUUCACUAUACCGAACUAUGAUACUAGCGAUUUGCGAGCUUAUUUACGCCUACAUCGUACGAAUUUUGGAACUACAGAUAGAUGAACUAUACAAGGCAACUGCAGUCCUUUAUAGUUUAUCUAUAAUCUGUAUGUUUUUAUAUUGGAAACGAUUUAAACUUGGAGCGCUAAUCGCUAGUGUGAUAAUGUUGUUAGUAUACUUACCUAGUGAUUUGUUACCGAAAAUAAAAUGACUCGGAAACUAUAGCUGUUUGACUAGGGUAGGCGUAAAAUUUUAUAGUGUUCGACUUGUAUGGGUAUGUUACUUUAGGGGAUCUUACUUUUCGGAUUAAACGAAAAUAACAAAUGUUUUAUCGUUGUGCAGUGUACUCGACAUUGUAUUUGGAUUUUGUAAUUCGUGAAAUUGUUUGUCUAUUUAAUGUUCUCAUUUAUUAGAGAAACAAUUUGCCAUUAUCUUUCUUGUACUUAUAAAAUUGUGAGUUCGAUCGUAAAGUGAAGUCCCCAUUAUUACAGUAUCACCACAAAUGUAAGUUUAAAUUAUAAGGAAUUUGCAGUUUGAUAGAUUUUAAUAUUAAAUUCUUGUAUAUAAAUCCAGUGACUUAAUUUGAUGGUGCUACUGUACACAUUAUAUUGCGUUGUCUGCACAACUGCCAGCACAAUACUAGUGAAACACUUAUACACUGUACUUAGCAAUAUUAUUCAAUAAUAUAUUUAUCUUUAUAUGUAAGAGGUGUGUGGUAGUUAUAACCAACACAUACGAAAAUUUAGAUAAAAAUAUAGCCCCAAAAACUGUUUAAUGUUAUUGUGAGAGCGAGUGAUCGUUUUGUUUAUUGCUUCGAUUGUCAUAAAAUUGUUUCGUAUAUUAUAUACUUUUAAAACAGUUCAAUAUUCCGUUAUUUACAUACAGCAUUUAGAGAAGUAUUAUUAUUGUUUACACUCACAUAGUACCAUUCCAUAUAUUAAAAUAGUUUUGGUUUCUUGCCGUAUGCCAUAUAGGAAGUUUGGUUUAGUGUAAAUAUGCCACAAUUUGUACAACUUUUUAGUCAAUUCUAUGAAAGGAUGUGCUUGGCGGCGUCAAACGUUGAAUGGUUGUGAAAACAAGGUGGGAGUUCCUUUGUAUAACACAAUGAGAAUAGACUUAAUAAUAAACCUGCUUUAGUUCACCCCUAUUGAAUUUAUACACGUAGUUUGUUAAACAUUUUCUGAUUCCGAAUUUGACGGCAUUUAUUUAUAUUUUGUAAUACAAAAAAUGUCUUUCGACAAUAAAUACAAGUUGGUUAUUUGUAUAGAACUUUAAAUGUGAAGAUUUUAAUUAAUAAUCUGGGAUUUUACAAUGAAUUUUAUUUAGCAACACUCGGACAUGGGUUGUCGAUGGCCGAGCCUUAUCAUGCAGGUUCUUCAAUGGAAGGUCACAAGACAGAGCAACAAAUUAUAUUUAAGUGUAUUUUGGUCCACGGCGUUUUUUAAUUGUAUGCCAUAACAUUUUACUUUUUAUUGUUUUUGUUAUGUACUCUUUUAUAUUUCGUUCACCGUUUUAGUUUUUACGUAGAUUUAGUUGGUAUUGAAAACUUAAUUAUAUUCAAUAAAGGUAUUUUAACUGUU